UUGAAGCUGGAUGAAAAUGAUUCCUUGGGAUGGAAUUGGUUGUUACUUUAGUGGAAUUGCUCUAUACUGUCUCGGAAUAACCAUUUGCAAGGAUGCGGAAAUUCUUAAAUCUGUGACCCGGGUCAAUCAGUUAAAGGAGCUAGAGCAACUACUAGAUACUCAAAAUUCAGCAUUGGUCGUUGCAAUUUCUGGAAAAGUUGCAUCUGAAAGCACAAUUGAAUGUGAAUUAAGUGGUUUAAAGGGUGUAAUUGUGGAAGAAGCGGUAGAACAACAUUUUCUCAAACACAAACACAAUGAUUCCUGGAUAAAAGAUUCUGCUUUAACGUCGUUCACGAGUAAAGAGAUUCCUUGGUAUCUGGAAGAUUCGACUGAUCGUGUGGAUGUGGUUGGAGCUCAGUCGGCCAAAGAUUUUGUGUUACCUGUUAAACAUGAAGUAUUUAAACCGUCAAAUCCAAGGCUUAUAAGUAAAGCAUUGCAUUAUAUCCGAGGUCUCAAGGAGCUUGGUUUCAAUAGAACUGAACGAACACUUCCUAUUGGCACUACCGUAACAGUUGUUGGUGAGAUGAUGCUGGCGCCAUUCGGAUUCAACAACCCCGCACAGGACCAUUUUAUGUCUCUCCCAAAACAAUUGAUCAGCUUAUAA